CCUCAAGUACAUUUUAACAAGGAAUUGGAAACCUUUGAUGCCCUGUUACUAGCAAACGAGGGGGAAUAUUUUAGUCUUGAAAGAGAGAGAGAAAGAUAAGUACUUGGUAAGGAAAAAUACAGAUUACAAAUGGAAUGUCUCGAAUUUUGUUAUAGAGUGUAAAUAUAAAUUGGGAUUUGGUUUCAUUUACAAAAAGUUUUUGGUGUCUGAAAUUAGUGUUUGAGGAGUCAUGUCUCUCUUUGCGGCAUUUUCCAUCUGUAAAGUUGCCAAGGAUGCAGCUGGACUUGCUGGGAAUGUCUUUGCUUUUGGGCUGUUUGUAUCUCCCAUACCCACAUUUAGGAGGAUUAUGAGAAAUAGGUCAACAGAAAUGUUCUCAGGGUUGCCAUAUAUUUAUUCUCUCCUGAAUUGCUUGAUCUGCAUGUGGUAUGGAACGCCUUUGGUAUCACCUGAUAAUUUGUUGGUUACUACUGUAAAUUCAAUUGGAGCAGUCUUUCAGUUUGUGUACAUACUUCUCUUCCUGAUGUAUGCUGAGAAAGAAAAGAAGGUGAGAAUGCUUGGAUUAUUGCUUGCAGUUCUUGGCAUAUUUGCAAUCAUAUUGUUUAUAAGCUUGCAAAUAGUUGAUGUUCUAAUGCUCCGGCUCUUCGUGGGAUUCUUGAGCUGUGCAUCUCUUAUUUCAAUGUUUGCUUCUCCAUUGUUUAUAAUUAGACUGGUUGUUCAGACAAAGAGUAUUGAAUUUAUGCCAUUUUAUCUCUCACUUUCCACCUUCCUUAUGAGCACCUCUUUCUUCCUUUAUGGAUUACUCAAUGAUGAUGCCUUCAUUUAUGUGCCAAAUGGGAUAGGAACCAUUUUGGGAAUGAUACAGUUGUUAUUAUACCUAUAUUAUGAGAAUAAAUCUGGAGAAAAUUCCAGAGAACCGUUGAUAGUGUCUUAUGCAUGAUCAAUUCUGCUGGAAAAAUAAAGAAUCAUAGUUAGAAAUGACCUUUUGCUGCUAGAUGUGGCCUGAAACUAAAGUUGGCAACAUUCCUGUUUGAUUCAACUUAUUGGAGCAAUUGCUGUUGCAUCCUUGAGAGUGGCCAGAAGUUGUGAUCAUGAAUAACUUGAACUUGUCCAUAUAUUGCACCAAUCCUACAGUUGUUGGUGACAUCCUAAGCUGCCUUCUCUUGCAUUGAGACUAUUUCCAAAUUCACCAGAUGUAAGAAUAAUCUAUAUACACAUUAUCUGACAGAAAUGUAUUGUUUAUUUUAGUCUACUGUUCCAUCUUGAUCCUACUUGACUGCUUACAUGCAACAUAAUGAGUAAGAAGUGAUUAUCUCAUUAUUGUAGUGGAUAGGUGGAAGAGUCAUUAUAUGCGAAAAAUGAGUUUCACUAUUCUAUAUGGAGUGCCAAGGUAGUUCUUGAUUGCUUGUUUUACAGUUCCUUACAAAUAGUUUCCUUUUCAUGUUUUUAAAUCUCUGUGCUUGAGUAUGUCUGAGACUUUUUUAUUUUACUGUAACGAUUAAUUGAAUAUGGCUCAUCUGUGUAUACAUGCAAGUGUGUGUUUAAGAGUUGAAUUUUGAAAAAAAAGAAAAGAUAAAGAUUUUAUUUUAAAAUUUAAAGAAUUGUAUAAUAUAACAACUUUUGAAGCAUGGAUACGACAUUUCUUAUGGAUUACAUUUUGGAUACGGGAAAUGAAAUUUUUUGACUAAAAUUUUAAAGUUUUGGAGUUUUUUUUUCUUUUAAAAAAUCUGACCUAGUUGUCUCUUCCUCCCUUCUAACUUCCACAUACUAGUAUUUCCUCCAGUUUCUACGUACCUAUAGGUUGCAUAUGCUUUUCUCCUCUCAUCUCGAACUUCAACCAUCAGUCUUUACUGGCGAGCAACUAACGACGAGCAGCAACAAAAGUGGUGGCAAGUCUAGCGACCAUCUCCUCCAACAAUUGCAAGCCACGGAUAAUGUCGUAAAUAAAAAUGUGUAAAUAUACUUAAGCAGAACAAUUAUAAUUUGAAAAAUAUCCUAAUGGUACUUACUACAUAAAUCAUACUAGCGUAGAAUGAUUUAUGAUUUGUACAUAAGCUGCAUAAAGCAUAGGUGAUUUACACUGGAAUAUACCCCAUGCUAGAAUUAAGCACAACCAUAAUCAAACUAAGUCUCACAAAAGUGAGAAUACUUGUGAUUUGUAAGUAUUUUCUUUAUGCACUAGCACGAUCAUGCUAAUCAAUAAACACGAGUAUACGCUAACACGAGUAUGCUUAGUUUAACAUACUUGUGCUCUAGUUUU